AUGAAUUCAUCAAUUCUCGCUUUUGCCCUUGUUGCCUUGAUGGUGAUCAGCCAAAGCAGUGCACGAUUAACCAGAAAAAACCUUGUCGAUGACGAUCUUAAUCAAGAUUCCUUUGCACAAAAACGAGGUAUACCACCGCCAGCCAAAUGUAGAAACUUUGCUCAAGGCAAAGAUGCGAAUGGUGGUGAUAUAAAUCCUAAUAAUCCAGCACGCGUUUUCAGUGCUGUCGGUUGUGCUGCAUUAUGCGAAACAUUUGUCGGUUGUGAUCACUGGUCAUAUAACACACCAGACAGCCUAUGUUUGCUCAAGAAUGCACCAUCUGAAUUACACGACAAUCCUGAUUGGGUUGCAGGCGCUUGCGCCCCGUAG